AAGAAACACUGGGGGCGGAUGAAGGAGGUGGAGAGAGACGAGGAAAGCGUGUCUCCUCCUCCUCAUUCAUACACGUAAUAUGCCCAGCUACCUGUUUGUCAGCCCAGUGCACGUAGAGCGGAGCCUCGAUUGCCCCUCUCUCAUCACCGUCACUCUCAUUCAUCCUUUCUCUCUCUCUCUCUCUCGCCUUCCCUUUACCUCUCCAGCUCUUCCUGCUCCAGUCAUUCACAAUCGGAGGACGACACCACCUGCUACCAGAUCUACACUUUGAGAAGACAAGAGGAAUCAUAUGUUCACCUGAGUCAACUAAGCAUCGGGGGUGCAACAGCAAGACUGGCUGCCUGCCUCAUGAUGGAAUAUUUUAGGUUAGACAGACAAAGGGCUACCUCCAUGGCACAGGACAUAUUACAGCUGCAUUUUCUCAUGCUACCCUUCUACAUUUGAUGGUGUCAUCAUCCGGUCAAGCAAAACAUUUUAGCAACACAAGGCAAAGCUAUGAAGACUGACCCAGAGCUAAAGCGGAUUUAAUUGAAUAGAAAUUGCCUACAUUAAAGUCAUUUCCCAGUUAAUGACUGGGUCUGAACUCCAUAGCCUGGCGCGGGCAGACGCAUCUCGCGUGUCUACCUGAGGCUCUCCUACCAUUUUAUGGAGACCUUGCAUAGUCGUCUGACAACUGGGGAGCAGUCUGGAGGUCAAGAACGUUGCCAACUAGAGUCAUCUUCUCGAAGCCUGCCUAAAUCUCCCUCCCGGCCCUCUCAACAACAACAAACAGACUCCCCAAAGCCCCAUGGCACGUUACAGCAACCCAAGCCGCUCCGAAGACAAAAUCCUGAACGCAAACGCCUCAGGAACCAACGCCAGAGCGUUGAAUCGGAUACAGGGUUGGAACCCAAACAUGUGGCAACAAAGGCAUCCACACUUUCUUGUUUGCCUGCAGGAGUCCCGUCAUCCUCAGCAGAUGACCUUGGUCAGUCUAAACCAGACACACAGGAGGGUACCCCAAAACAGAAACGAGAGCGUAAGCCUCAGAGACCAGGAAAAUAUGUUUGCACUUACUGUGGCCGUGCAUGCGCGAAACCUAGUGUCCUACAAAAACACAUACGUUCUCACACAGGGGAGAGACCCUAUCCCUGUGCACCAUGUGGCUUCUCUUUUAAGACCAAGAGUAAUCUGUACAAACACCGCAAAUCACAUACCCACAAGGUGAAAGCAGGUUUAGCUCUUGGGGAGCCGAGAUCUGUAGAGGAGCAAGUCACAGAGUCGGAAGAUGAAACUAGACAAAUAUCCUCAGCCUCUUGCCAUACAGAAGGCACAGUAGCCUCAGUCAAAAGUCAUGAAGCAGACAAGGCUAAAGACUGCACUCCUGGAAACAAUGACUCCUACGCGGUGAAGAAGAGACUGGCCCUGCGUCUCAGCAGAGGAAAACAAGGUGCUCAAGACUCAUCUGAUGAUAAGACGCAGUCUCAAAUUUUAGGCAGCAGAGGCAGUACCGAAUCCGGCUAUUUCUCUCGGUCUGAAAGCACCGAGCAGUCACAGGACAGUCCUCCAAACACAAGUGCCAAAAGCUAUGCAGAGAUCAUUCUGGGUAAAUAUGGGCGCCUCGGACAUCUCCAGAGGAUGUCUCGUCAUCACAACCAGCAGCCCUCUGGUCAAGAGGACAAAAGCAUCCCGUUUACCGUUCCCAAGAAGGAGGUCAUUGAGCAUAUUACUAAACUCAUCACCAUCAAUGAGGCUGUGGUGGACACCAGCAAAAUUGACAGUGUAAAGCCAAGGCGAUUUUCACUUUCCAGAAAGAACAGUUCAGAAUCUCAAAAGAGCUCAUCUUUAAAAGAACCUUUUCUUCACAGCCCUAAACCUGGGGAUCUGAGCUAUAAAAGCAGCGGCUCUAUCACCAUGGGAGUUCCCUGUGAGAAAUUUCACAAUCCAUCUCAAAACCUAGACCAGCCACCUGGCCAAACAUCAACCACCCCGUUGGUCAGAAGUCAGUCGAUGCCAACUGCAUGUGGUGCAUUUGACCUUUCCACUCAUGGCCCCAGUAAAUUCCGUCAAAGUCAUUCCUUUGAUGAACGCCGGCCCUCAGAAAUGCAAGCAUCUCGUCGUUAUGGGAUGUUAAGGCGGCAACCAGCCAUUGAAAUCCCACUUGGUGCCGAGUUGACAGAAGAGGAACACGAGGGUUCUCAUUCGUUUCUUUCUGACGGCAUACUGUCACCUACUGCGCCUGACCACAAGCAGAGUCAAGCGCAGCCAUACAAAUGCGAGGUCUGUUGCAUUGGAUGCAAAGACUGGGAAAGUUACACUAGACACAAAUGCUCACAGCUGAUUAGCACCGCAGCCAGAGCCGGGGUCUCAACUUUGCGCAAAAGGAGAAAGGAGGACAGUUUUGAAUUUGAUGACCCUUCUUCUCCUCCACUACCGGUUACCGGCUUCUUGUCAGGACCGUGUAGAGACGAAGCUAGUGUAGCUUAUGCGGGUCCCAGGAGACCUCCAUUGCAAACCUGCUCAGUAAUUCAACAUACUAGUUCAUUUGAAAAACAAGAACUGUUGUACAAUAAGAGUCACGUUUCGGAGGCAACGAGUAAUUCCUCACCAAAAGAAGAAUAUCAACUGGUGCCUCAGAACCAGGAACAACAAUCAACAAAAGUAGCCUCUCGCAAACUGCUCCACCAACACAGCGUGCAAGUUCCAGAAAUACUGGUGACGGAGGACUCUAACAUGAGCUCAAAUGCAGCAAUGAAGCCAGCCUGCAUUACAAAACAUGCAGAGAAACCCGAUGACUUCCAGUGGCCACAGAGGAGCCCAUCUCUGGCCCAGCUCCCUAUUGAAAAACUUCCACCAAAGAAGAAGCGCCUGCGCCUGACCGAGGCAGUCCAGUCCUCAGGAGAGUCCAGUUUUGAUUCUAUAUCCUUGCCUCAUAGCCCAAGUCAAGCUAGUAGUGCGUCUUAUUCAUCCAGUCGUUCCACAUCCUUUGAGGAGUCAAACAGAACUGACAUGGAGACAAUGGCAACACCGCUGAGAAGAUCAAGAGCUUCUCACAUGUUGACAGUACCUAGGGUGCAUCAGCACAGAGAGAUGAGGCGCUCGGCAUCAGAACAGGCCCCUCAUGAGCCACAACCUGGCGUGCUAAUGGCCGAGACUCGCAGUAAGUCAUUUGACUACAGUUGUCUAUCCCCCGAGCGCACUGCAAUCGGCUGGAGAGAGAGAAGAAAGUGUCUCCUGAUGAGACACACUGCAGUUACAGAUCCAGACGAGGAGGAGGAGGAGCAGGUUAGCGUCCAGAACCAUGCUACUAAAUGUGUGACAACCAGCACAUCUUCUGAGCCAAGCCCAACGUAUGCGUUCUGCACGAGGUCCCCUCCCUCGCUUUUAUCAGGUGACGCAGAUUUACGUCCAAGUGCAUCACAUUUCAAAGGCAUUUUCCCUCAGUGGGAACAGAGUAAAAAUCUUCUCUUAACUGACACCACAGAACCCUCAGCUGCUCCUGGUCCACCUUUGCAUCCCAUUAAAAAGGAGCCUUCAUACAUCCAUACAAGUCAGCCUCCACAACCUAAUUCUGCGCAUGGACCAUCAGGGGCAGCCAGAGCUCACUACCUCCCAGUAUCUACUGGGCUGAAGUUAGAGAUUCCCUUAAAACACAAUGAUUAUUUAGAUGUUCAAGUAGGACGUUCCCAAACCCAGCAAAUAACUCAUAUAACGUCCAGUUUGGAAUUGGUAACUGCAGUCUCAUCUCCUUCAGUGGCUGUACUCCAAACAGAGACCCUCAUGCCGGCAUGUGCCAUUUAUACCACUCUGUCUCAGUCCACUUCCCCUACGCCCCAGGAGGCCAUCGAUGCAAUUUCCCAUAAUGUAGGUAUCCCAGCUGCUGACUACAUAAACCGGAGAAACACCGUUACAGACUUUAAGUUGUGGUCUGAUGAUGACCUAAGGUUGUCAGGCUCAGGGGGCAACAAGCGUAUGCUUUCCCCUUCCAACAGUAUAGAGCUCCCCCCUGAGUCUCAACAGCAGCAGAAACGAGUUAAAGAAGAAGGGGAGACUGGGGCAGAGUGUGUCGAGGCAGGAGACAAAACCAAUCAGGAUUUCAAACAGGAGAAUCGUUCCUGUCUAAAUCGUUUUUCGCCUGUGACACAUGCAAGGUCUUCAUUUCCCAGUCUGCUGUCCAGCACUUGUAACAGCUGGUGCUAUUUGAACUACAUCAAGCCAAACCCCUCCACUCUGGACGAACAGAAGCCCUCGGUGUAUUCAUCGUGGUCCACUAGCGGCUACGACCCCAACCCACCUGGCCUCUCAAGCAAGACGGCGCUCGCUCUUUUACACUGUAAGCAGAGGCUCAGUCCCUCCAUCUACACCACAUCACUCAUGUCAGUGAAGACAACUGAGUCAGUGGAGCCAGAGGACAACAUAAAGCCAGCCUUUACUGAGGUGAACAACAUCCAGUGGUUUUGCGAUGAAACGAAAAAAGGACAGGAUUCUUCAGAUGAUGGCAAGUCAGGUGGAAAGGAGGAGGAGAGGGCGAAAAAGGACUUCCUGUCAUGCUCCAGAAAUAAACACCCUGAAACUUGGCUUUCCGAGAAGGGAUCAAAUGAGACGCAAGGCGACUGUGGAGGGACCAGCCAAAGUGAAGGAUGUGGAAACAGCCUUGAGAGGAGCAGUGGGCUGCAAAAGUGCACCGAUUCCUCUACACAGUCCCUGACACGCAAACACUGCAAAGACACGUUCAAAGCCGAAGGAGUCUGUGAAGACUCUUCAGUUUACUCCAUUAAGGAAAAAGAUGAUCAAGACUCUGAUUUGCUGAAAAAUGGAGGCGAUGAGAGAAGUGCAAAGUCCAAAGCAACUGAAAGCUCCUCUGACAAGGAGGAACCUCAGCGAGGAGGCAGUCCGAAGGAACCGGAGCCCAGCAGGCCUAAGGAUGCUGUCAAGCCGGGCUCGGCCAGCGCCAGGAGGGCUCUGUUUGCACAGAGGCGCAUUAAUGCUUCAGCUUCUGCAUCCACCAGCGAACACCAUUCUCCAAGUCCUCAAAUUCAAGCCCCACAAAGGGAACCACCUUUACCUUGCAGUCUGUCACCUGAGCCCCAUGGGUCCCCGGGGACCCCUCCCGCCUCCCCAUCUAGCUGUCAUGUCUCGAAUUCCCCACCUAGAGCAGAAUCCCCUGUUAGAGGCUCGUCUCCUGCAGUGGUUCAGUCCCAUGGAUCAGACUCCUCUGAGCCUCUGAGCUCCUCUGCAGACACCUCUGCUUCAUGUCUUCACUCAAGGGACUAUUCAUCUACAGUGAGACUGUCUGUGGAGGAAGUGGGUCUGACCCACGUCGCCCCACUUCCCACACGGCUUCGGGGAGCCCACAACCUCCUGAGUCACCUCCCUCUGCACUCCCAGCAGCUCAGCAGGGCAUCGAGCCAACUGAUUCCCAUAGGGGGCAUUCACAUGAUUCAGCCCAGGUCCCCCCUCCCGCUCUACAGCCUGGUGAGCCCCCCCACCGCAGUCACGAGUAGGCCUGCAGGGUCAGGGACGUCCUGGAGAAUAAGCAGCACUCCCAAGACAAGGUCUCCUCUGCUGCUGCAGCAGCAGCAGGAUCCUCUGAAAGAGGUGACGAGCGGCAGCCGAGCCAGCCCGACAGACGAUGCAGCUUCGGGGGGAAUGCCCCGCAGCAGCCAAUCGGAUGCCCCGCUACGCCGACAGAAUCAAGGAUGCAGCAUUCAACUGCUGCCACAGCAUCUGGAGGUUGGUGCAGAUUCUACAGAGACAUGUGUUUACCCCGAGACCACCCAAGGCCAAAAAAAGACUCCUUCCUCCCAGACACAACUCUGAUAGGAGAGCGAGCCUGAAGGGACAGUGCAAAAGACUGAAAACCAGGACCCGUGAACGAAAACACAACACUGGUUUAAAAUCUGAAGACAAAAGGCAAGAGCACUUGAGCACCGCUUCUGAAUGAUGCUGUUAUGUAAUUAUAUGAAUUAUAUAUAUAUAUAUAAUAUAUAUAUAUAUAUAUAUAUAGACACUAUGUUAGAUAUGCAGUAUGUUUUGUAAAUCAUUUUUUACCCUCGUUUGAUGUCAUCGGUGUUAAUUUAUCUAUGUGCUAUUAUGCAAAGUCUGUACUAUAUGCAAAAGCAGCUCGAAUGAAAAUGGACAAAGUUCGAAUCAGUUUCCAUAUUAACCCUUUGGACGGCUCUAAUACGCCAUGUUAAUAUACUGUAUUACUAGAAUGGAUAGAGAAAGGUUCUACAAAUAUUUAUUCAACCCAACAGUAUUUUGAAGUGCAAUUUUUGUCAAGAUUGUGGUUUAAAAUGUCAUUGUUUAAGCUGUGAUUAUUAUAAUUAUUAUUAUAUUUAUUAGUUUUGUUGUUGUUGUCCAGCUGUUUGAAGAAGCAGGGUUCUAAACAUCUCCUCUUCUCAGUUGUUUAACAAAAGCAGAUUCGAGUGGAGGUGACGAGUCUGCUUCACAUACAUGGUAGCUACAAAUACAUGUACUUUUGUGUUGUUGCUUUUAUAAACGGUACAAUCACUCGUCAUUUCCAUGUUUACCAUUAAACGUCUCAUUUUUACAGGUUUAUAUUAAA